AUGAAUCUAAUCUGUCAAACCCUGAGAAACGAAUCAUGUGCCUUCGACGAGCGAAAUCGUUUUGUGCUGUUAAACAAUUUCAAUUACAUGAAGACCAUAGAAUGCAGAAGCGCACACCUUGUUCUGCCCUUGAAUACUGCGCUCGUUCUCAAGGGGUUGGGGGCCCUUCUUGACCGGGGUUGGAGAAGAUCUGGCCAAUUCCUUUACAAACCUGAGAUGGAAAGGACAUGCUGCCCUUCUUAUACAAUUCGUCUGAAGGCAAGUGAUUUUAUAUCUUCCAAAGAGCAACUUCGAGUGUUUAAACGGAUGGAAAGGUACCUGGAUGGCACAUUGGAUCUGAAAAAGAAAGAUGAGUUUAUGGAUGAACCAAAUUCUUCUAAGGGUUCAUGCAGCCGUGCCCUAACUGAAAUGACAAGCUCAGCGGUGAUGGACCUGGAAGUGGGUAAAAAUGAAGUGACAAAUAAAUUGGACCAAUUUAUGCAUCAUUGUUCAAAGGAGAUUGACAAUGCAGUUAAAGCACUAGUUCAAAGUGGAGAGUCUUAUUAUAAUAUUGAAUUACCAAAAGCUUCUAUUAAACAUGUUGCAUCAUCCAAAAGGAAGUUUCUAGCUGAAGGGUCUGAAGAGCUUUGGUUCUCCAGCAAUAUUUCCUUCCAGAUUGCUGCUGCUUUAAGGCGGGCAGAGAAGGAUGCACAAAACUCAGUGUUAUCUGGAGAUAGUGAAGUAAAACUUGGACAAUCCCUUGAGCUUUCCCCAAAAAUAAUUGCAGAAAAACUGGCAAGUUCAUUAAACAGUUUAGCAGAAAGCUAUGAUCUAUCAGUCAGAGCUUGCAAUGGGCACAUCAACUUCUACUCUACUGAUAAAUAUGCUUGGUUGAAUGAAGUGGUUGAAAGAUCCUUGGUUCCUGAAGCAACUACAGGAAGUGGAAGUAGUUGCUCAAAAAAGGUCUCUGAACAUCCACAGGGAAGAAAACGGAGGCUUGAGAUCCGUUUGAAAAGGUCAAGUUUUGAUGCAGAAGAAUUUGCCUUAUAUAGGCGAUACCAGCUUAAAGUGCACAAUGAUACAGAAGAUCAUGUUACAGAAAGCUCGUACAUGAGAUUUUUAGUUGACACUCCAUUAAUAUUUGUUCCUUCAACAGGUAAUGGCACAGUUCCAUCUUGUGGUUUUGGUUCAUUCCAUCAGCAAUAUCUGAUUGAUGGUCAGUUAGUUGCGGUUGGUGUGAUUGACAUCCUCCCCAAAUGUUUAUCAAGUAAAUAUUUAUUCUGGGACCCAGACCUUGCUUCACUGUCACUGGGCAAGUAUUCAGCCCUGAAAGAAAUAGGCUGGGUGAAGGACAAUCAACACAAUUGCCCUAGCCUAGAGUUUUACUAUCUUGGCUAUUACAUCCACUCGUGCAACAAGAUGAGAUACAAAGCAGCAUAUAGUCCGUCUGAACUUCUCUGCCCUCUUCGUUACAAGUAA